AUGGCUGCUAUCAAUCUUCCCAAUCAGGACCAGAGACACUGGCUGGAGCUAGUGUGCUUGUCCCUGUAUCAGUGUCUUUGUUAUCAUUUGGAAAAUCCCCUCACUUUUUGUCCUGGUAAGGGGUCAGACAGACAGGUUUGUUGGGAAAUCUAUCCACGUGGCUUGGGACAGGCACUGCAAUUGAAACACAUUUAUUACAGUGAGGGAAGUAAGAUGGCUUCACUUAGAAAUAUUGAUACUAAUCCAUGCUUGGAGGAAAAUGAUGCCUCUACAAAGUGUAUGAAUACCAAUAACUACAGAAGGGAGAUGUGUAGCUAUGACUUUAUCAGAUACAAAGAGUGCAGAAAGUUUUGGCACAAAGUCAUGAUACAAAGAAGAAGUGAUGGUUUAAGUCCUGCUAUGCCAACAGCUGAAGAAAGAAAGCAGAUAUUGGCAUCAUUUGACUCUGUGCCAUAUUAAGAAAGAACAAUAAUUGUGCUCAUUGUUUUAGGUUUUAUUUAAUUCUCCAAUAUCGCUUAUAUUCACCAGGAGAUUGUACAUUUUAUAUUAAAUGUGCAUAAAGGUUG